GCUUGCGAAGUUGUACCGGACAGCGAUUUGGCUUCAUGGGUGGGAAAUGUCGUGGCAGACAAGAACCAGCCAGACCUCAGCGAAUUAACACAUGUCAUGAGGGAAGUAUUGAGUGUUCUUCAGAAUUCGACGAUUGCACACGAGAGUAACAAAGACAAUCGGUCUUCUUUCUGGGGCAAAUACAAACAAGUCGCAAAAGACUACGACGACCAGUUCCUCGUCCGAUACCACAGCGACAUGAGCGAUAUCUUACUGAUCUCUGGUCUUUUGUCCGCUGCCAGCAUGUCUUUCAUUGUCGCGAUAGAGUCCAAUCUCAGUCCCGACACCAGCGACACCACGAACGCCCUUCUCGUGCAACUCGUGCAGAUCGGACUCGGCAACCUCACUGCAGCGGGCUCCAUCCACGCAGACCCAGCGUCUACGUGGUCGCCGACUGUGCUGGGUUUGAGGAUCCAAAUGGUCUCAUACGCAAGCUUGUCCAUGAGCUUGCUAGCAGCAUUCGGGGUCAUACUAGGCAAGCAGUGG